AUGGCUGUGUUGUUGGUGGUGGUUUGUGGGUUGAUUGCAUUGUCGUUUUGCGUGUGUUUCGUUUUCUUUCUUCUCAGAUGGAAUGAGAUUACAUACAACACAACAGGCUUGCCUUCUGGUACAAUGGGUUGGCCUGUUUUUGGGGAGACAACUGAGUUUCUUUCUGAAGGACCAAACUUUAUAAAGAACCAGAGAGCAAGGUACGGUAGUUUGUUCAAGACACACAUAUUGGGCUGCCCUACAGUGAUCUGUACUGACCCAAAACUCAACAGAUACAUACUCAUGAAUGAAGAAAAAGGUUUCGUUCCAGGCUAUCCACAGUCCAUGCUUGACAUUCUUGGGAAAUCCAAUAUUGCAGCCUUGCAUGGUUCGGCUCACAAGGUUAUUAGAGGCUCAUUGCUAUCCCUUAUUGCCCCUUCCGCCAUUAAAGACCAUCUGCUGCUCAAAACAGAUUCCUUCAUUAGAUCAUUCCUUGACAAUUGGGAAGCCAGAACCAUUGAUAUCCAACAAAAAACCACCGAGAUGGCUCUGUUAAUGGCCUUGAAACAAAUUGUUGAAGGAGAAUCAAGUUUGUUCUAUGAAAGAUUCAAAACAGAGUUUGAUAAGCUGGUGUUAGGAACAUUAUCACUUCCCAUCAACAUUCCAGGCACAAACUAUCACCGUGGGGUUCAGGCGAGGAAAAGGGUUAUUAAAAUCUUGAGAGAAAUCAUGGAGAAAAGAAGAAACUCAUCGUAUACAAUAUUGCAUAACGACAUGCUAGACCAACUUAUGAGAGAGGAAAAUUCAAAAUACAAUCUGAGUGAUGAGGAGAUACUUGAUCAAGUCAUUACAAUUUUAAAUUCGGGUUAUGAAACUGUCUCGACUACCUCGAUGAUGGCCAUCAAGUACCUUCACGACAAUCCUCAAGUUCUUCAAGAACUCCGAGAAGAGCAUUUGGCUAUACAGAAAAGGAAAAAGGCAGGGGAUGCAAUUGACUGGGAUGACUACAAGUCCAUGACCUUCACUCGCGCAGUGAUUUUUGAAACCUCUAGAUUGGCUACAGUUGUCAAUGGAGUACUAAGAAAGACUACCCAAGACGUCGAAUUGAAUGGUUUUGUUAUACGAAAAGGAUGGAGAAUAUACGUGUAUACCAGGGAAAUAAACUAUGACCCAUACAUAUAUCCAGAGCCUUUCAGGUUUAAUCCGUGGAGAUGGCUGGAAAAUAACAUGCAGUCUCACAAGUACUGCUUAAUAUUUGGAGCUGGAAGCAGGUUGUGUCCCGGAAAGGAAAUAGGCAUUGCUCAAAUAUCUACAUUCCUUCACUAUUUUGUUACAAAAUACAGAUGGGAGGAAGUUGGGGGAGAGAAAAUUGUGCAGUUCCCUAGAGUUGAAGCACCAAAUGGGCUGCACAUAACGCUAUCAAAUUUUACUAAUUUGAAAUCAUUAAGGAUUUAA